UUUUAUUAUUGUAUUAGGUUUGUUGUUUUAUUUUUUUACAAAUACCUGAGCCAAAGCCUAUAAUGGCCUUGAGCAAUAGGGCCUACUUCGCUUCCUCAAUAGGCAGAUAUAGAGCUGCGACUGGGAGUAAUAGAGCCCAAGAAUUUAACCAAGAGCAGCCCGAUUCAACCUUGUUCUGUUCGAAUUCAUUUUUAUGCCGAUUUACCGACCACACCAUUUCGAUGAGUUUGGGUCAAUCUAGAAAUGCUGGGCUUCCGCUACUGAAUCUUGUGAAGCUAAAAGGAGUGCCCAUUUUGCAGCAACUGCAUCUUGAGGAACGGCUGCUACGAACUUCAUCCGAUAAUUGGUGCAUCAUUAAUGAUGGAACGAACACACCCACCAUUGUUAUGGGUAUCUCUGGCAAUCCCACUGAACUUCUUGAAAUCAAUUAUGUUUUACGAGACAAGAUACCAGUUAUCAAAAGGUUUACUGGUGGAGGUACUGUAAUAGUUGAUCAUGGGACAAUAUUUGCAACUUUUAUAUGCAAUAAGGAUGAUGUUCCCAGUGUACAACCGUAUCCCCGACCUAUCAUGUCAUGGAGCAGCUUAUUAUACAGUAAGGUAUUCCAAGGAGUUGGGGAUUUCUACCUUCGUGAAAAUGAUUAUGUAUUUGGCAACCACAAGUUCGGUGGAAAUGCUCAGUCUAUAACAAAGAACCGGUGGAUCCAUCAUACCUCUUUUCUAUGGGACUACGAGAUCUCAAACAUGGCAUAUCUGAGUCUUCCAAAGAAGGCCCCUGAUUAUAGACAGGCAAGAGACCAUUCGGAGUUCAUAUGCCGCAUGAAGGACUACUUAUCCAGGUCACAAUUCAUCAACCGGACGAUCGAUGCAGUGAACUGUCAUUUUUGUGUGAGAUCAAUGGAGGUGGAAGAAGCUGAGCUUUUGUGUGACAUGAAAUUUUCACCCUCUUCUAGGCUACUUGGAAAGCAAGAGUUGGGGGAGGCAGUUCUUACUUGAGUCCCAGCCUGAGAACACCAUAUUGCAGUCAUUGUGAUUUUUCAUCUUUUCAUAUGAGAACCACCAUUACCAUGUGUGUGUUUCAUAUUUGUACACAUCCACUCCAGUUAUCAAUUUGUUUU